AUGUCAAAUCUUCUUUUCCUUUCUCUUUCUCUACCACUCUCUCUCUCUCUCUCUCUCUCUCUCUCUCUCUCUCUCUCCCACCGUCUCUCGGUCUCUUUUUUCUUAAUUUCUCUGUUUCUUGGUCUCUCAUUCUAUUUGUUCAUUUCCUCUCUUUCGUUAUCUUUUACCUUAUCUGUUUCUCACUGCCUCUCUCUUUUCUUCUUCUUCUUCUUCUUCUUCUUCUUCUUCUUCUUCUUCUUCUUCUUCUUCUCUAUACCCGUUUCUUUCUUUCUCGUUUUGCUAUUUUCGCGCUCUUUUUUAUUUACUAUCGACUAUUUUGGUUUCCUACUUCUACUACGCUUCUCUCUCCCUUCUCUCUUUCGCUCUAACCCUCUCCCUCCCUCUUUUCUACUCCCCCUAUCUCUCAUUGUCUUAUUCCCAAAACUCUCUUUUCCUAUGUAUAACGAUGCAACAGCCUAUUCUUUUCUUUACUUUCUACUUCAUCCCCUCUUCAUUUCAAGUUGCUUCGCCAUCAUUUCUCUCUCUCUCCCUCUCUCUCACUAA